AUGGAUAUCGAAGCUGGCAAUGAUGAUACCAUGUCGGACAUUGAUGUUAUCGAAGCGCCGUCACCAGCACAGUCCCCUCGCUUGAAACGCGAAGCAUCUGAGGACGAUACUCCUCCGGAAGAUAUUCAGAAUCCCAAACGCCCGCGACUGGACCUCUUAUCGAGGUCGCCACCAGCAUACGCCGAGCAACCUGACGCAGGCUUCAAUCCCGACAGAACGCUAUCUCCAGCCGCAGAGGGCAACGCAGGAAGGGAUCGUGAAACACAACCUCCCCGAUCGGAGUCUCCUGGAGAACGCGGUCCUAAACGUCAUCCCAAGUACUUUUACGAGGAUGGGAGCGUCGUCGUUCAAGUCGAACAAACACUCUUUCGGCUUCACAAGACACUCCUAUCAGUGCAAUCGACAUUCUUCCGGGAGCUCUUCGCCGACGCCCAACACCAUGCGACUGAGUUCGCGAUCGAUAAUGGUGCCUCCCUCCCUCUCUAUGUACUGUCCGUCGAUGGACUGCACGUUGCCGACUUCGAGCGUUUGCUGGAAAUAAUGGAGAACCCUCUUCUCAUUUCCAGAGCGGCUGAAUCUCCUAGCCUCGAUUUCGUUAGUUCUGUGGUCUUAGCGACACAUCUCCUGAAGUUCGACAUCAUACACGCUUGGGCCGCAGAGGAACUGCAUGGCUAUUGGCCCAGCAAUCUCGAUAGAAUCGGAGACGAGCCGGACGACUGGUUAUUGUGCGUCGAGUAUGCGUCAGCUGCUUUGCAGCUAUCCCGAGAUGCCGGUGUGCCUGAGAUCUACAAAGGCGCAUUCUACGAACUUCUGCGGCGUGAGAGCUUUGGACAAGACGCCGCCCCAAUGAUAAAUAACGCCGAUUACAACCUGCUUACCCGCGCCAGGCAACUUUGUACGACUGUCUGGAUGGGGAUCAUCAGCAAGCCCUUUCCGCGAAGUAGGGUGUGCAAGGAUAACGAAAAGGCGAGCGGAGAGAAGUCGACCUGCGUGGCGCGGAGAAAUGAUCUGCUAUAUUACAAAUGGGGAACCAUCGUCGACAACACCAAGGCGCGCGACUUGUGGAUGGAUCCUAUUGCCGGAUUCGAGACGUUACGAGGUAUAGAGCUUCCGCACGAGGAAAGGAAUGGCCUAUGUGCGUCUUGCCUGAACUCGUGGAAGGUUACGUGGAAGGAGAAGAAGGUCGAGUUUUGGGGCCAGCUAGACGGGAUACUGGAUGGGACACAUGUAGAAGCAUGA